CCGCGACCCAUAAAAAGAUUGGAUGGGUUCGACUGAAAUUGUUCCAAACUUUCUUCUCAACGGGCUGGUCUCACUUUCACUUUCACUUCCUUUCGUUCUCACUUUCACUCCUUGCUCUUGCCUGUUGUAUUCGUUUCUGCAACCAUGAAAGCUUCUUUGGCCAUCAUCCACGCUGCUGUCCUCUUCUCUUCUGCUGCCUUCGCGAUCCCUGUAGCACGGGAGUCGCGUGCCCGCCAGCGCGGCAAUGCCACUGUGAAUAUGGGUCCUGCCUCGGGAGGCUCAGUUGGAGCAGCAUACUUUAUCACAAACGAGCCAGAUGGAAACUUUGUAGUUUCCGCAGACAUAGGUCAGGACGGAAAACUGACUCUUCGUCAGGCAGUCCCCGCAGGAGGAUCUGGUCUUCACGGAAACGACGGGGGAGUUAAUGGUCCUGAUCCUCUCUUUACACAAGGUGCUGUCAAAGUCAGCGCGGCUGCCAAUAUGCUUGCAACAGUUAAUGCUGGAUCAAAUACCAUCUCGGUUUUCAGUAUUGACCAGAAAGACCCUGCGGCUAUUGCACGCAUCGGUGAUCCCAUCGGGAGCGGCGGAGAAUUCCCUGUAUCUGUCGCGUUCAACAAAGCCGGUGAUAUGCUGUGUGCCCUGAAUGGGGGUGAAGUUAAUGGCGUUAGUUGUUUCAAAGUUGAUAAGAAUCAUGGACUAGUCCCUGCAGCCGGGACGAACCGACGACUCGACCUCAACCAGACGACACCUGCAAAUGGCCCUGCGGGUACCGUCAGCCAUGUGCUGUUCUCUGAAGACAACAAGCAGCUGGUUACGUCGGUGAAGGGAGUCCCGCCCAACCCUGGAUUCCUAGCGGUUUGGGACGUGAACCAGGACGGAUCCCUGUCCAAGGACUUCCGUUCCAUUGCACCUGCCAAGGGUGGACUCCUCCCAUUCUCAAUGACCCUCGUUCCUGGGAAGAACGCAAUAUUGGCUACAGAUGCGGGCGUUGGAUUCGAUGUCUUCGACUUCAGUGCCGCGGAAAACAACUCUAAUAAAAGUGUUGCGGCAGGUAAAUCGUCAGUUGUAGCCAUUGACGGACAGAAAGCGACCUGUUGGUCGAGCUUCAGCCCCAAGACUGGCAAUUUCUACUUGACGGACAUCGGGACGUCUCAGGUCACCGAAGUGAAACUUGACGAGAAUCUCAAGGGAGCCGUGGUGAAGCAAUACGACCAGGGACAAAACAGCGGUACAAUCGACAACGACAUCGCGUCGAUUGGUGACAAAGAUUUCAUGUUCGUAUUAUCCGCCAAUGCCACUCGAGUUGACGUCCUUUCGCUUGAUGCCCCCGGACAGGCGAAGAACAUCCAGAAGCUCGAUAUUGCCGGGCCUGCUAAGGCUGCGGGGCUGAAGAUCAACGGUUCCAACCUUCAAGGGAUGACCACUUUCAUCAAGAAGUGAGACAGUAAAGAGUGACGCGUCUUGGUUGUGUAGUACUAUCUAUUUCUUCAUUGGAUAACUUGCAUAGUGUAUGUUCCCGGAGUUAUACGAGGUUUGGCCCGUUCAUUUAGUGUUCGAAUUCGUCCGAAUCCUGCCUUCAGCGCGUGGGCCAACAUCUUCUUCCAAGUCCUUGCACCUUCCGACACCGGAAAAAAAGGACCUGUCAUUUGAGCUCUGUCGCUUAUCAGUCACCCACGCAUAAGAAGCGCAGAAUGUUUUGCCUGUUCCCCGAAAUAUAUGGUACUUAUGGAGC